AUGCACGCGGCACGCGUGGUGGAGGUGUCUCAAAUCCGCGAGGAGCAGGAGAAAGGCGCUUCCGCCACAUAUGAGAAGAAGAUGAUCCUGCCAGAGGAGGCCUUGAAUGGUUUUGAAUCCAUGAGCUUCAAUUUCAUGGUCACAGCUGCUGGUUCCAUGCAUGUGCGGCUCCCUGGCCACGAGGAGGACCUGGCGGUCGCCUUCGGCAUUCCGAAGGACGUGGAGAUCUUCGUGGUGGCCUCCACCGUGUUCGGCCAUGGUCGGAUCACCAUCUCCCCUGUGGACGACAAGGAUUCCUCAAGUCCAGGCGCUGCUUGGGACUCAAAGAUCUUCCCCACGGAGGCCGCUGAGGCCGAAGAAGAGCCCUGA